GUUUAGUACAUAGCACGGUGUGUGUGUGUGUGUGUUUACUCCUCCCCCGGUUGCUAGUAGAGCCGCUGUCCGAGCCGGGGCCGCUCACUGAGCACCAUGCCUUCCCCUAUCCCGCUGGAGCGUUUCCUGCCCCGGGACCUGUCUCCCUCCAUAGACCUGAGGCCGUGCAGCAGCCCGCUGGAGCUGAGCUCUCUCAAGCCGGGCAGCCUGUCCAUCCGCCGGCCCGCUGGCCCCCGCCUCCCUCCCCGCCUGGCCUGGUGCAGCAUCGACUGGGAGCAGGUCCGCCUGCAGGAGCCGCUGGGCUCGGGGGGCUUCGGCUCGGUGUACCGGGCCACCUACCGCGGGCAGACGGUGGCGGUGAAGAAGGUGAAACGCUGCUGCAAGAACCGGCUGGCCUCCCGGCAGAGCUUCUGGGCCGAGCUGAACGCCGCCCGCCUGCAGCACCCGCACGUCAUCCGCAUCCUGGCCGCCAGCACGUCCUGCCCCGGGGACCCCGGCAGUCCCGGCACCAUCAUCAUGGAGUACGCCGGCAGCAGCACCCUGCACCGCCGCAUCUACGGCCGCGGCCCCCCGCUGGGCAGGGAGAGCUGUUUGCGGUACGCGCAGCAUGUGGCCACCGGCCUGGGCUUCCUGCACCGCGGCGGGGUGGUCCACCUCGACCUCAAACCGGCCAACGUGCUGCUCGCCCCCGGCGACCUCUGCAAGAUCGGCGACUUCGGCUGCUCGCAGCGCCUGGAGGACGGAGCCGACACGUGCGGCACCCAGCUCCGGCACCUGGGGGGGACCUACACCCACCGGGCCCCCGAGCUGCUCCGCGGUGAGCCCGUCACCGUCAAGGCCGACAUCUUCUCGUUCGGGAUCACCCUGUGGCAGAUGGUGACCCGGGAGCUGCCGUACACCGGGGACCGGCAGUGCGUGCUCUAUGCCGUGGUGGCCUAUGACCUGCGGCCCGAGCUGGGGCAGGUGUUCGUGGACACGGAGGAGGGAAGGGCCUCCAGGGGCAUCGUGGAGAGCUGCUGGGCUGCCCGGCCCCAGGACCGACCCAGCGCCGAGCAGAUCCUGGAAAGACUGGACUCCCUGCAGGGACAUCCUCCGGCCCCCGGGACUGAGCCCCUGCAAGGCCCCCCUCCAGCCCCUAUGACAGAGUCUGGUUCUGGUCCAGACUAUAUGCCAACUCUGGAGGACAGAGAUCUUUCCAAUCACAGGCUGGGAUCUGGUCCAGACUCAUUGCAUCCAACACCUGGACCUCCGUGUCUGGACUAUGAGCAGAGAUGCUCUCCUGACCUUAUGCACUCACUCCCCACCACUGACUGUCUGGAUGGUGUGAGGCCAUGGCACUGUAUGGGCACUGAACAGACCCCUAUUGCCGCUUAUGUGGACUCCAUGGAGAUUUGUGCAUCUUAGUUAAUGUUACAGCUAGAGAGCAUGUUCUGGAGAGCAGGAAUAAUUGUUUCCAAUGAUGCUUCCCUCAUCCAAAAAAUAACUGUGGCUGUGGACCAUCCUGUUGCCCAAAUGAGUAGCUUCAGCGUUUAGAUCUGAUGGACUCGUGCUGUACUUUAUGGAACGUUUGGGAUAGCUGUGAUCCAUCCAUACAGACUUGGUUGUACACAACCGAUUUACUCAAAGCAAAGGUUUAAAGCCAAAAAUGGAAAUCUAACUUAUUGCCAAGAGAUGUUACAUAUAUGAUCAAUUGAUCUCGAUAGCGACAUAAAAGGCUUGCUUGCACUUUUUAUUAACUGCUGCUACCUGUCAGAUUGUUCUUGUUUUAUGUGUAUUUAUAUAUUUAUUUUUAUGCACUUUAGGUGUUUUUGUCUUCUAAUGGGUUAAGAACAAUGACAUUGUUUAUCUAGUUUAUUUAUUAGAAUUUCAGUGCUGAAUUGUAAUGCAUCAGAUAUUCAGUUAUGGUGUAGGCGGUGUUAAUUUUAAAUUUCAAAUUAAAGUCCUUGGGAAGAAAACAUUUACCAUAUUUGACUCUCCAAGGCAAAGAACUGUUCUACCUGCCGCUUUGUACAUAAGUUAUCUAAGCUAUCGUGCACUAUUAAAGCAGUCCUUCUGAACUCUCUUCAGUCUUGGCAGAUGCACUCUGGUGUGGUGGCUAAGGACCCUGCAUUGUACUUAUUUUUUAAACCUGAGCGGUUUGUUUCAUAUAGUGGCAGCACUGGGAUCUAUACUUUUGUUAACUUGUCUGUUUCCUCAAUUUCACACCAAAAACUAGUCAUUGGCUUAUGUCCCUUUCCAUCGCGAAUUAGGGCAUACAUCAUUUGGCGGUGAUUCAGCCUAGUAUGAUUGCUAUCAAAUGUUUGCACCAUUCCCUGAUGCAGCUUACGGUUCAUUCCUAAACAAUGGCCAAACUGCUAUGUCUAUGCCAAAUCAACUUGAAACACUUAACAAGAUAGUUCAUUGCUAUGGGUUUUUUUUUUUUUUUUUUUUAUUGCUGCAUAAUUCUAUGGGUGCCAUCAGCCCACGGUAUGUGUCUAUACAGUAUAUCUAUCUAGAGCCAUACAAUUUUUGGAGCGAGCAGCUUACCAAAAACUAGGGCUCUCAGGGAACCUUUUAACCUAGACCCUCUUUAUUUGCACUGGUGAUAUGGAAACCACACUUCUACAUUAUGGUUAGGUGGUAAUAAUAUAAUAAAACCAGAAUGACCCAGUCUCUGCCUUUAAACAUGUCCUGUCUGUGGCUGGUGCGGUGGGUCUUAGUUUUUGGUAAACCAUCCUACAACUGUUUUGCAAAAUCAGUAUGGCACCCAUUGACCUAUAGCACCAUAGCAGUUUCAAUGAGCGGUUUAGGGUGGUUAGUCCAACUAGAA